GUGAUUCUGAUGAAAAUUAUGACUUUUGAUUUCAGAAAAAUGUGAUUUUACGGUUUUGACCAAAAAAAAAUAAUUUUAACGGAAAAUUGCGUUUUUGCAGUUUUGACGAAAAACACGAUUUUAUAGUUUUAAUGGAGAAAAUACAAUUUUUACAGGAAAAUGUGAUUUUUUAGUUUUAACAAAAAACUCGAUUUUAUGAUUUUGGUAAUACAAAUUAAAACUGUAUUUUUUCUCCCUAUUUUCUAAACCUAGAUAUUUUAGUUAUUUGGACUACCCAAUGGACCAUUGCCCAUGAACCCAAUCGCGUUUGUUCAUUUAAAUCCAUUUAAUUUUGGUCUAUUAUGGAUAUGUCCAUAUUAACCCAUAAUAAUUUGGACAGGGGGGCACCCAUGUACAACCCACCCAUUUGACAUCGGUAGGGCUCAUGACCCCGUACCGUAGUAAGUACGUCCGCCCAAUGUUAUAGUAACAUAAUAAGAAACUUUGGGUAUUCAUGUGGAGGGGUCAUGUACGUUAGGAUGUAGUAACGAUGGACGUAUGAGAGUUUGGAAUUGGAAAAAUUUAAGAUGGUGGGAUAUAGUUAAAGGAAAGAGGUGAGUGGGCUAAUAGUUAGGUAAAGGUAAAGAGAGAUCAUCCAAAAACGUGUUAGGUCUAUCAUAGACUAUAUAGUGUGUAUGUUUCGUGCCGUGUCUUGUCUAUAUGUCUUUUUGCUAUCUCACACCAAUUAAUAUGCCACUCCAUGCCUAAUCACUACUCAUAGAAUAGAAGUGGUGUUAGUUGAAACGUUUAUUAGUUUGCAAAUCGUUUUUAUUGGAGUGGGGUUUUAUGGUUAUUAAUCAUUGUUGCUAACCCAUCCAAUCCAUAUACAUCAAUAGAGUUUAUAGGACUUUACGAGGAAAAUUUGACACUCUUUGGAUACGAAUCUCUAGUAGUAAUGUAAUCACUCCUAUAGUAAUAUAAGGCAAACAAACAAACAAACAAAAUGGCUUCCAGGACGGUGUAGUGUAGCUAAGAAGAAUCCAAAGGAUCAUCAGGAUUAUGAUCAAUAUAUCAUUUCUCUUGAAUCUUCAAACUGAUUCUUGAAGACGUCAUAUCACGUUACAUUUAUUUCAACCACAUCCUUCAUUCCAACUACUAGUACUACAAGUAAUUGCACUAGUUCAAAACAUCAAAUAUGUGCUCAAGAUCAAGUAUAGCUCUAUAGGUAAAAAGAACAAAAGAAGAUGAGAUGGUGUACAUUAAUUAGAAUCUCCUUUUAGCAUGAUAAUAAAAGCUUAGCUAGUAUAUAUAUUUUCUGUCAUAAGUAAUUUGACUAUCCUGGUAUGUUGCUACACCAUUUGAAAACUGAAGAGAAAUUGCACCCUAUACACAAAACUUUCUUGCUAAUUAGGUGAAUAUCCUAAAUCCUAUAUAAUGGUACUUUGAUUGCUAGACACCAAAGUUUACUGUUAUAAUUUACUGUUAUAGGCAGAUUGUUAAUAUCCAUGUUCUUUUUGUAUUAUGAGCAAAUUGACUCAGAAACAUAAACGUGCUUGGCGCCUACAGUUAUCUAAUUAAUUUAGUCCCAAAGCACUCUAAUAGGUAAAGAACUAAUUAAAGAAGAUGAGAUGGUGUACGUUAAUUAGAAUCUCCUUUUAGACUGAUGAUAAAAGCUUAGCUAGUAUAUAUAUUUUCUGUCAUGAGUAAUUCAACUAUACUGGUACGUUGAUACCAUUUGACAACUGAGAAAACAUAAACGUGCUUGGCGCCUACAAUUAGUCUAAUCAAUUUAGUUCCCAAAGCACUUUAAGAACCUAAUAAACAAUUUUUAAAGCCCACUUUCCUCCAAACUUGACGACUUGCGGAAACUGUUAACACUGGUUAAUAUUUAAAUGCAAACAAUCACGUGACUAACAUUAAGUUGCAUAUAUACACAGUACCCAUUGUGCAUCUACAAAAUAAAACGACCAAUAAACACCAUCAAUCACCACCAGAGAAAUGACGUCAUCAUCACCGUCUCCAAGAGCCUCUAUGCUUCUGUACUGGCACGAGAACCAGUACGACGACCGGAACUUCAAGAUUCACGGUCGGACAGUUUUCUUCGUCGUGGCUUUAUUCUCCGUCGUCCUCUUCUUCGCGUUACUCACUCUCUACAUCCACCGGAGCUGCCUCGUUCGCGAUCUCACCGACUUCCACGCGCCGUCUCCUCCGUUUACGCCGUACGUCAGCGGAGGUCUUGACCCGACGGAGAUUCGGAGUUUGCCGGUGGUGCUGUGCCGGAGAGAAGCGGAGGAGGAAGAGAGGGAGUGUUGUAUAUGCCUCGGUGGUUUAGAAGAAGGAGAGAAGAUGAAAGUGCUUCCGCUCUGUCGCCACUGUUACCACUGCGAAUGUGUGGACCGGUGGCUUAUGACCGAGUCGAGUUGUCCGCUGUGCCGAGUCUCGAUCAGAGUCGACUCGUCCGUGUCGUUGCCAGUGCAUGGGACUGAAACGACAACGUGUUGAGUGAUAGUGAUUUUAAGAUAUUUGUGGUUUUGUUUUUGUCAUGGGGUUGAGUAAAGAUAUUUUAGAAACACAGACAGACAGGAAUAGCAAUGGUUAUAGUUUAUUUGAAAAACAAAAGAUUAUUAUGUAAAUGUCUAUAUCAUGUGAUUGUGAAGUUUUUUUAUCACUUCUUCUGCAGAUAUUUUUUUAAUUUGUAUGAUUAAGAUCUUUGUUGUGCA